AGUUAAAUGUAAAAAAAUAUAAAUUUAUAACUCAAUCCAAAGCAAAUAUAUUCUAUUCAGGUAUCGGAUUUUAUUAAAACCGGCCCAACACAGCCAUGUAGACCCCUAUAUAAGUCAGAGUCAGAAUCAAUCAUAACCUGUCAGUCAUCAUCAUAGUCGUCGUGGUGGGUCCCACAUGGGGUGUGCGAGUUCGACUUCGAAGCAAACUGUGUCGGUAACACCGGCGAUUGAAAGCAAAAGCGCGUUAAGAAGGGAAGUGAGUGAGUUGGAUGAUAAGAAGAGGAGUGAGUCGGGAAGAGCGAGUCAGAAUGAGUUAGAGAGAGCGAGUUCGAAUGGUGUUUGUUGUGAGUCUUUGAGUUUUAGAUUGGGGAAUUUGAAUAAGUAUGUGAAAGGUGAACACGUGGCAGCUGGUUGGCCGGCUUGGCUUAGUGCUGUUGCCGGUGAAGCUAUUCAUGGUUGGGUUCCUCUUCGUCCUGAUGCCUUUGAGAAAAUCCAGAAGAUUGGGCAAGGGACAUAUAGCAGUGUAUUUAAGGCGAGAGAGAUUGACACAGGGAAGAUAGUGGCGCUGAAGAAGGUGCGGUUCAACAAUCUCGAACCGGAAAGUGUGAGGUUCAUGGCGCGGGAGAUAAUGAUUCUUAGAAAGCUUGAUCAUCCCAAUAUCAUAAAGCUUGAAGGAUUGAUUACUUCUAAAUUGUCUUGUAGCUUAUACCUUGUGUUUGAGUACAUGGAGCAUGACAUUUCAGGGCUCUUGGGCAAUCCUGAUGUCAAAUUCAGUGAAUCCCAGAUAAAGUGCUACAUGAAGCAAUUAUUAUCUGGUGUUGAGCACUUUCACUCGCGGGGUGUGAUGCAUCGAGACAUCAAAGGACCAAAUCUUCUUGUGAACAAUGAAGGAAUAUUGAAAGUGGCGGAUUUUGGAUUGGCAAACUUUGCCCGUUCUGGUCACGAACAUCCCCUCACUAGUCGUGUUGUCACCUUAUGGUAUCGUCCGCCAGAGCUUUUGCUUGGUUCGACAGACUACGAUUCAUCGGUGGAUCUAUGGAGUGUUGGCUGCAUCUUUGCAGAGCUACUUGUUAGGAAUCCUAUUCUUCAGGGAAGAACUGAGGUGGAACAGUUACACAAAAUUUUCAAGCUUUGUGGCUCCCCACCUGAUGAAUACUGGAAAAAGACUAAACUUCCUAGUGCAACUUUGUUCAAGCCACAACUACCAUAUGAUAGUUGCCUCCAAGAGUAUUUUAAAGAUUUUCCUCCAACCAGUGUGAAUUUGCUACAAACUCUUCUCUCUGUUGAACCUUACAAACGUGGAACUGCGACAUCUGCUCUCUCAUCAGAGUAUUUCAAGACACAACCUUAUGCGUGCGACCCAUCAAGCUUGCCAAAAUACCCACCUAGCAAAGAAAUUGAUGCAAAGCAAAGGGCUGCAGAGUUAAGGAAAAAGGUUGAUGAACGAGUUCGUCGAACUGAAACAAUAAAACCAUCAAGAAAGUCACUAGGAUUCAAUAAACUAGUUCCAGCAGAGGACUCAAAAAAUCAGACUCAGAAUUCUGAUAAGGUUAAAGGUAGAUCUUUCCGAAUCCUUAAAGAAGAGAAGAGUAACCUUGGUGAGGAGUUGCAAAAGCCAUUAAACUAUAAACCUGAAGAUGCUUCCCAUAUGAAUAAUGCAUCUCAAGGAGAUAUUCCUUUUUCUGGACCAUUACAAAUUUCAACAUCAAGUGGCUUUGCUUGGGCAAAAAGUCGGAAAGACGAAGCUUCAAUUCGAUCACAUUGUCGAACUUUUUCUAGAGAACAUACUUUCAAUAAUCCCUUAGGACCUUCUACAUUAAACUCAAGGAAUAAUAACUUGGACGCAAUAAAUAUGGAAAAUAAGGAGUUUUGUGGGAGCAGCAUCAAAUAUAGAGUUUCUAAGACUUCAAAGCAGAAUCAGUUGAGUAGGUUCGAUCGUCUAGAUUCAUUUGAUGAUACUUCUGAUGAGUACCAGUCGCAAGAACUAUCGAUGGUGCUUUAUCGAGGAGAAGAUCCAUUAUCCAAAAGAAGUAACCUGUGUUAUCAGGAUCAAAGAGAAAAGGUUGAAUUUUCAGGACCCCUACUGUCUAGAAUGCACACGGUUGACGAGCUAUUAGAAAGGCGCGAGCGUCAUAUCCGGCGAACUGUUCGAAAAUCAUGGUUUCAGAAAGGUAAGAAGCAUGGGAAAUUAAUCUAAUAAUUGCCAGUAAAUUUUACUCUAAAAAGGUGCAGAUCUUAAUCGUCAUAUCAAAAUGAUACAAGAAUUUUUAUGAUAAAGCCAUCUCAAUUCCAUCCUCCAAACACACUACUACGAGGAACAUGUCACUACUUUCAGCUUCCAAUUUUUGAAACAUGAAGGCCAUCCCAAAGAAAAUAAUUUAGGUUCUAGAGUUUCCUAUUUUAUUAUAGAUAUAAAAAUUUGUUUCUGUUGAUCUAAACUUUUCCUUUCUCUUUUUUCCAUUACUAAUUUUUACCUAUUCAUAUAUUGUAUAUAUUUCAUCUGUCAUGACUAGAUUGAGUUAUAGUCUAGUAACCUAUUCAAUAUUUUUUAGGCUUUAAAGGGAAUUAGAUGUAAAAAUUAUAUCAAGAUUGGAGAUUAUUUUUGCAUAAUAUUAUAUCA